CGCAGACUAGUUUUUGCGAUUCGGGUGUAUACUCUGAAAAGCAACCAUUUAGUGUACAGUGUGACAAAGUUUGUUGUUUGAAUUUUGUUCGGUUCAACCUUAAGUUGAGCGCAUCAUUGGCUUUACACGUCAUCUAUGGACUUAACUUCUGUUGUAGUAUUUUGUUUAUGUAUUGGACUUUCGCAAAGCAUUUUCUUUCAUAUGAAAGAAACUGAAGAACGAUGCUUUUUGGAGGAUGUUCCAGAGGACACUCUUGUGGCAGGGAAUUAUAAAUUAUUGGCCUCUAAAGGAAAGCAUUUUGAACGCUCCAAAGAUUUGGGAGUAAAAGUUAAGGUCAUUGAUCCACAUGAUCAGAUUUUGCUCGACCGUGUGUAUUCUUCGGAAGGGCGGUUUGUUUUUACUGCUCAUAGACCUGGUGAAUACAAAAUAUGCAUUUCAUCUGAUUCCGGUGCUUGGUUUGGUGGAUCACAAUUGAGAGUACACCUCGACAUCGCAGUUGGUGACCACGCUUUAAAUUAUCAAGAAAUAGCUACAAAGGACAGAUUGAACGAUAUUCAGCUUCGGGUUCGUCAGCUACUUGAUCAGGUUCAAAGCAUAGCCAAAGACCAGAAUUAUCAACGUGUAAGAGAAGAAAGUUUCCGAUCACUAAGCGAAAGCACAAACCGACGCGUGACUUGGUGGAGUGUUGCUCAAUUGGUCUUGCUUAUCUGUAUUGGAUUCUGGCAAAUGCGUCACUUGCGCGCUUUCUUCCAAGCCAAAAAAUUAGUCUGACCAAGUAACUGUGUGUAUAUUCAGACCUACCUACAUCUAUUGUGAUAAUCUUCUGUAAAUGUAACAUCUAUAAGACGUGUCUGUGGAAACAUCUCUAAUUUUUACUUUUCACCUGUGUAUUUACAUUGGUGUCAGUUCGUUUAUUCAAAUACCAACUAGUGAAAAUCGUAUGUACUGAGUAUCUUCUGUAAAGCUCUGUUUUUUAAUAAGCUUUCAAGAUAUUUUUAAACCUGUAUCUGUCUUAUAUUUCCAAAGAUUUUUGUAUUUAUCUGGUAGUAAUAAUUUGGAGAUGUAAGGGAUAAUAUAUGUUUCUAUUUACGUUUA